AUGACUACUAUACAAAGAGUGAAAACUCAAGGAAUUAUUCAAACUUUCUAUGAUGACAUGAUGCAUACGAUCAAAGAUCUAUUUCGAUAUACUCCAACAUGGUUCCAGAAAUAUUCAAUGGAAUUAUAUGAAGAAUAUCGACAAUACCAACCAAUCGUUGAUUUUUUUCGUUUUUUUAUCAUAUUCUCUGUCGUUCCUCUUAUUUUAUUCAUGUUAUGGAGUGUUGGAUCGAUCUUUAUUUCUGGCGUUAUUUUUGUAAUGGCGUGGGCUGCGAUUAACAGCGUUGGUCUGACGCUCACCUUGCCAUUUGUGAUCAUUGCUUUAUUCUUGACCGCUUUCCUAACUAUUAUUACCAGUACCGUAUGGAUUACAAUGAUUUCCGGUGAAUAUGUAUAUCGAACAACCUUGACAUUCCUUCGAGGUCAUGAUCAUAAUAGGGAUAUUGUCGUUCAAAGGGCUAGAAGGAACGCGGAGGAAAGAGCUACAACCGCAGCUACGGCCGACCAGGAGGAGAUCCCGGCAACAACUUCAAUCAUUCACGACGACCCUACAACCACCACUAUAAACACAGCUCUCGACAUUUAG